AUGGAUUCUGAUGAAGAAUUCGCAGAGGUCUCGACGUAUCGCGGUAUACCUGCCACAAUUAUAUUGAUAAAUGUGUUGGAAGAUAACAAAGUAUUAGAACUGGCACAUGCAGCGACAUGUCGGUUAGUCAGACAAUAUCUCAGAAGCGCCAGCUCACAGGUACUGGGUGUCUACCUGUAUGGAGUUAAAUCAACUGAUAACGACCAGGGUUUCACAGACUCCCAAAACAUAAAGGAAAUUAUUCCUCUUUCGCUCCCUUCACUAACAGACUUUAAAAACCUUAAAGCUUUGGACAUAAAUACAUACCAAAAAGCGGAGGAGUUAAAAUUAUCAGAUGUUCUCUGGCAUUGUAGCAAAACAUUUGCUAACUGUAAGAAACAAAUAUCUUCAUAUAAAGUAAUAAUGCUCACACAAUUAUUAAUAACCCCAGUUGCUUCAGAUUAUACCCCAACACUUAAAAGAGUUAAGGAUUUAAUAGAUUCUAAUAUUGAUAUUAUUGUAAUAAAUAUAUCAGAGUCUGAUUAUGAAAUUGAUACUUUUUAUUUCAAUUUUUUGAAAGAAGCAUGUAAAGGACAAGAUCCUGUUAUUCCGAAACCAAUUUUUGAUGCAACUGAAAUAGAAAAAUUUAUGCACAAGGAAUCACAUAGGCGCUUGGCAGUAUCUAAUUUGAACUUUGAAAUUGCAGAAGGUUUUUCUAUAGGAGUAGGAGUUUAUUCACUUAUAAAAAAAGCUGGAUAUACUCAUCAUAAAAAAGUUGAUCUUAAUCGAGAAACAAAUGCACUUGUCUCUAGUGUGACCAAUACUACAAAAGUAGAAGCAGAUUCUGAAGAAACUGAUACACCUAAAGAGUUACCAUUACUAAAAUCGGAGCUCCUCUUCUAUCAGGAAUAUGGCGGGGAACGAGUUGAAUUUACCGCAAAUGAAAUGAAAGAAAUAAGAAAUCCAUUUGGCCCACCCAUGAUGAAACUACUUGGCUUUAAGCCAGCAAGAAUGAUUUGCAAGGAGAAGUGGUUCUUGAAGAUGGGAUACUUCCUGUUCCCAAAUGAGAAGAUUAUAGAAGGAUCCACAAUUGCUUUCAAAGCUAUGCAUAAAGCUUGCUCCGAUUUGGAAAUGAUUGCCAUUAGUGUUUUGUGUACUAGAGUCAAUGCAAGACCAACAAUUGUAGCAUUAAACCCUUGUAAGAACCCAAAUGGAUUAGAUGUUGAUAUUGGUUUUGAUAUCAUACAUAUACCAUUUAUUGAAAAUACUAGAGAGCUAAAUAUCCCAGAAGAGGAUGAAGAACCUACUGAGCAGGCUCAUAAAGUUGUAAUGAAGGAUCUAUUAAGCAGAUUAAAGUUCAAUUAUAAACCUGAUAUGUUCGAAAAUCCUAAGUUACAGUCAGAAUAUCGAGCAAUAGAAGCAAUUGCUCUAGAAGAGGAUGAUAGUGAACCCUUCAUUGAUACCACAAAACCAAAUUCAGACUUGUUCCGCAAUAUCAAUGAAGAUAUAUUUGAAGAGCUAUUUGGUCCAUUUGGUAGUCUUACUAUUAAAAGAACUGCACCCUCAUCAACUAAUGGUGGAAACAAAAGGCCUAAAAUAGAUAUUGAUGAAGAUUUACUUGAACAUAGAUUAUGUAAUAGAAUUAUAGAAAAAUAUACUGUACCACAAUUAAAACAAAUACUUCAGUUCAAAGAUAUUAAUGGAUUGCCUGCUCUGACUGGGUUGAAAAAGACUGAACUCGUUGAGUUAGUGUAUAAACACUGUAAGUAG